AUGGCCGGAGACCGACUUAGUCGAGCUCAGAUUGAGCAAUGCUGGAGAGUCGACUUCCGACUUGCGUGCCUCGCCAGGUCGACCACGACGAAAGGUGGUACCGACACUUUCGAUAAACUUUGUCAUGCGUACACUACAGCCCGAGCAACAAAUCGCUGGCCGAUGAGGUUUUUCUUUUGUAUGCUCGAUCAAGCUUCCGUGAAUGCUAGGAUUCUAGAAACUUGCAAAAAUCCUCGAGCAGAUGCAACAGUGAACAAAUCUCCUCAAGUCACUAUGAAGUCUCUUAUAUUUCAUCUUAUAACUCCGUAUAUGCGGCAAAGAUUGGAAAUCAACACGCUGCGCAUCGAUUUACGCAGGGGCAUUGGGAUGAUUCUUGGACUUUCACCAGAUGAUAUGCUCGAAGAAGAGAGGCCAAAAUUACUCAAGAGAGCUCGCUGUGCCAGCUGCCCAUCCUCGAAGGAUAAGAAGACACAAAUGCAAUACCCAUCGUGCAAGCGCCCAAUGUGCGAUGACCAUCGCAUCUACCUGUGCAACGAGGCUGCGAUUAGAAUAUUUUAG